CAUUGGUUUCAGUGAGUUCAAGCUUCAACACACCACCCCACCCCACCGUUUACUUUGAAAAAUCUUUACCUCUUCCACUGACAAAAAAAAAAAAAAAUACAAGUCUUCAUUUUUGUCCUUCUUCCCUCACUUCUUUCAAAUCGUAGAAAGUGGGUUAGAAAUCGUAGCUAUAACGGCACCAAGUUCUUCCCUUUCCAUCCCCAAUCGGAUUUUCCGGCCAAUUUAAAAUUGGAAAUUGAAGGAAUCGAGAAAUUGGAGCUAGAAUCCGUUGAUUGAUGGGUCUCGUGCAGAACCUGCGAGGCUCGAGAACCGAGUCAACUCACGAAGGUUUACCGGUUUCAUCGGUUCAAUCGGGUUUGCUUCCGAAGCGGAAAUGUUCGAAUCUAAUGCCUCUUGUGGUGGCACUUGUGGUCAUUGCGGAGAUCGCGUUUUUAGGGAGGCUCGACAUGGCGGAGAACGCAGCUAUGGUCACUGACUUUUUCUACCGGUCACGUGCUGCGUCCGUGGUGGAUGGUGCUGAUGAUUUAGAUUUUGGUUUGCUUGUUGGUAGAACUAAUAAAAAGAAUUCGGAAUCGGAGAGCUGCGAAGAGUGGUUGGAGAGAGAAGAUUCUGUAACGUAUGAAAGGGAUUUUAACAAGGAACCUGUUUAUGUCACUGGAGCUGACCAGGAGUGGAAAUCAUGUGCGGUGGGAUGCAAAUUUGGUUAUGAUGGGGAUAGGACACCUGAUGCUGCAUUUGGGCUACCUCAACCAUCUGGAACAGCUAGUGUGUUACGAUCGAUGGAAUCCGCACAAUACUACUCAGAGAACAAUCUUGCAAUGGCACGACGGAGGGGAUAUAAAAUUGUAAUGACAACCAGUCUAUCAUCUGAUGUUCCUGUUGGAUAUUUCUCAUGGGCUGAGUAUGACAUCAUGGCACCCGUGAAGCCAAAAAGUGAAAGUGCUCUAGCAGCUGCAUUCAUUUCUAAUUGUGGUGCUCGAAAUUUUCGGUUGCAAGCUCUUGAAGCCCUUGAAAAAGAAAACAUCAAGAUUGAUUCUUAUGGCGGUUGUCAUAGGAACCAUGAUGGAAGAGUGGACAAAGUGGAAACCCUGAAGCGCUACAAAUUUAGUUUAGCCUUUGAAAAUUCUAAUGAGGAGGAUUAUGUAACUGAAAAAUUCUUCCAAUCCCUUGUUGCUGGAACUGUUCCUGUGGUUGUUGGUGCUCCAAAUAUUCAGGAUUUUGCUCCUGCUCCUGGGUCAAUUUUACAUAUUAAAGAGAUACAAGAUGUUGAGUCUGUAGCCAAAACCAUGAAAUAUCUAGCAGAAAAUCCUGAAGCAUUUAAUCAAUCACUGAGGUGGAAGUAUGAGGGCCCCUCUGAUUCUUUCAAGGCCCUUGUGGAUAUGGCAGCCGUGCAUUCAUCUUGUCGUCUUUGCAUUCACUUGGCCACCACUAUCAGAGAGAAGGAAGAGAAGAGCCCGGACUUCAAGAAGCGUCCUUGCAAAUGCACUCGGGGGUCAGAAACUGUAUAUCAUAUCUAUGUGAGGGAAAGGGGAAGAUUUGAAAUGGAGUCCAUUUACUUAAGGUCAAACAAUUUAACUCUGGAAGCAUUGAAGAAUGCUAUUCUUUUGAAGUUCAGAUCCCUGAAUCAUGAACCUGUAUGGAAGCCAGAAAGACCUAAAGUUCUAAGCGGAGGAAACGAACUAAAAGUUUACAAAGUAUACCCGGUCGGCCUGACGCAGAGGCAAGCACUUUAUUCCUUCAGCUUCAACGGGGAUGCGGAUUUCACGUCUCACUUGGAAAGCAGUCCAUGUGCCAAGUUCGAAGUCAUUUUUGUGUAGCGUGUGCCCUCUCUCACUCUCGCUUACUUACUCACUCACUCACCGCCUUACAGAAAUACACAUUAGGCCUGCUAAUUCACCGGGGAUUAGAGGUUUAUGAAUGAGAUUGGAAUGGCUUGGUUUUUGCCUAGUCUCUUGGCCAACUCGUAGAGGGAUUUACCAUUCAGAAAAUACCUUACUUCAGAUUAGAACUCAUUUGUGCACUACAAAGUCAUGAAAUGAAGCUCCAUAUUUGAUGUUAGAUGAUUGUGCUUUUGCCUUUGAUCAACUAGAUUCUAGACUCGCUCAUAAUAUGGACUGUGUGAUAGUUGUAUAUUUUUUAGGUUCAAAUUUGAUAGAAAUCUUAAACAUUUCACUCAAUGGUACAUAUUGCUUCAUGUUGAUCUUGAUCACUUAUCUUUUAACUGUGUGAUUGGAUUUGCAUUUGUAGGAUG